AAUCGGGCCCCCUGACUGAUCUGGAGGUUCAGUUGUCCCCAAAACCCAGUGACUGACGUGAGGAUGAACCCAAACGGGGGUUACGAAAUGACCCUUCUGGAAGAGUUACAGGUAGCACGGCCGGGGCUCAAAAGUGCAGUUUUGUGGGGUUUUUUUUUUCCAGUUUGGAAAUCACUUUUUUAGACAGGAACCUCAAGAACAAAGCAGGAGGUGGGUUGUUUUGGUCUGAAACACUCAUCCCUCUCCUGCUGUACUAAAUACUUCCAGACUCGCAUGGUAUACAGUACAGGUGAUGUUAUGGGCUGUUUUAUUUGCGUAUGGGAAGAAAAACCUCCUACAAGUCCGUGGUUUGAGGGCUGUGCCUGAAGGAGGAGGAGGCACGCAGAGGCGUGAUGGCUCGUGGACUCGCGUGGACGCAGGGGUGGAUGAUGGCUGGGAGGGCGUAAGGGAGCUCUCCACCCCCAGCCCCAACUUUUCCCUUCUUGUCGUUGCUAAACAGAGACAUGACGAGGAGGCAGUGAUUGACCGGGGAAGAACGAGCAACACUGUCAGUAUUCGCUAUGAGAAGGAGGAGUUGGAAGGCCACCGGACCCUGUACGUGGGCGCGCAGAUGCCACUGGUUAGGCAGAGCCAGCGGCAUCACCGAUGCCACGGCCAGAAGCUUCGGAAAGGGGAACCGGAGAAGGACUCUGCCCCGACGGAGCAGGGCUACCACUGCUCCCCGUCCCAGCGGGUGCAGUUCAUUCUCAGGACCAAGGAGGACGAGCAGCACGUCCCUCACCGCUUGUUCUCCGAGCUGGAUGAGAUCUGUGUAAAAGAGGGCCAGGAUGCCGAGUGGAAGGAAACGGCAAGGUGGCUGAAGUUUGAGGAGGACGCGGAAGACGGCGGCGAGCGCUGGAGCAAGCCCUAUGUUGGCACGCUGUCCUUGCACAGCCUCUCCGAGCUGAGGAGCUGCAUCAGCAACGGGACGGUGCUGCUGGACGUUUGUGCCAACAGCAUCGAAGAGAUUGCAGAUAUGAUCCUGGCCCAGCAAGAACAGUCCACGGAGUUUGACGAGCACGUGCGGGCGCAAGUUCGAGAAGUCCUUUUGAGGAAGCACCACCAUCAGAACGAGAAGACAACCAACCUUCUCCCCGUUGUCUGCUCAUUUGCUGAUGUGAGCAAGAGGCAGUCAGACCUGCACCUCCUCUACAAGCCAGCCCAAACAAUCACCCCUUGUCCUUCUCCCACCGCUGCAGAAGCUAAAGAUGGGGUGAACCAUGAGAGCAGAGCAAUGGAUUUAAGCAAGGCGGAGCUGCACUUCAUGAAGAAAAUUCCCACCGGGGCUGAAGCAUCCAACGUGCUCGUAGGAGAGCUGGAGUUCCUUCACCAGCCCGUCGUGGCAUUUGUCCGCCUGAGCCCGGCUGUCCUCCUCUCAGGCAUGACGGAAGUUCCCAUCCCAACAAGGUUCCUGUUUGUUUUGCUUGGACCAGAAGGAAAAGGCCAUCAGUACCACGAGAUCGGCAGGUCCAUGGCCACUAUCAUGACGGAUGAGGUUUUCCGUGACGUUGCCUAUAAAGCCAAGAACGGGGCUGACCUCGUGGCUGGCAUCGACGAGUUCCUGGAUCAGGUCACGGUCUUGCCGCCAGGAGAGUGGGAUCCAUCGAUCCGAAUCGAGCCCCCGAAAAACGUCCCUUCGCAGGAAAAAAGGAAGAUGCCAGGAGCUCUUGAUGACAGUGCUUCUCCCAGCACGCUGGAGAAACACGGUGGCCCUGAACUGCAGCGGACGGGGAGGCUCUUUGGAGGUUUGACCCUGGAUGUGAAGCGGAAAGCCCCGUGGUUCUGGAGCGACUUCCGGGAUGGUCUGAGCCUGCAGUGCCUGGCGUCCUUCCUCUUCCUCUACUGUGCCUGCAUGUCCCCUGUCAUCACCUUUGGGGGACUGCUGGGGGAGGCGACCAAUGGCCACAUAAGUGCCAUGGAGUCGCUGCUGGGCGCAUCCAUGGCCGGCGUGGUGUAUUCCCUCUUUGCCGGCCAACCUCUCACCAUCCUCGGCAGCACCGGACCCGUCCUCGUGUUUGAGAAGAUCCUCUACAAAUUCUGCAAGGAGUACACGCUCUCCUAUCUGUCUCUGCGGGCGUGCAUUGGGCUGUGGACCGCCUUCUUGUGCAUAGUGCUGGUGGCCACCGACGCCAGCUGUUUGGUGUGCUACGUCACCCGCUUCACGGAAGAAGCCUUUGCCUCCCUCAUCUGCAUCAUCUUCAUCUACGAGGCUCUGGAGAAGCUGAGUCACCUGCGAGACACCUACCCUGUGCACACGCACAGCAAGCUGGACUUCCUCACCAGCUACUACUGUAAGUGUGAGGCACCGACCCAUCCCAGCAACGAAACCCUGCGUUUCUGGGCGAGCAACAAGAUCGACGUGUCUGGCAUCGCCUGGGAAAACCUCACGGUGACCGAAUGUCGGUAUUUGCAUGGGGAGUUUCAAGGACCUGCCUGUGGACGCGACGGCCCCUACACGCCUGAUGUGUUCUUCUGGUGCUGCAUCCUCUUCUUCGCCACCUUUGCCCUGUCAAGCUUCUUGAAGAAGUUUAAAACCAGCCGCUACUUUCCAACCAGAGUACGGUCCACAGUGAGCGACUUUGCUGUUUUCCUCACCAUCGUCAUCAUGGUGCUCCUUGACUUCGUGGUUGGGAUCCCAUCGCCGAAGCUCCACGUCCCCCACGCGUUCAAGCCUACCAGAGACGACCGUGGGUGGUUCAUCAACCCCAUAGGACCCAACCCUUGGUGGACGGUGUUGGCUGCGCUCAUCCCAGCUCUGCUCUGCACCAUCUUGAUAUUCAUGGACCAGCAGAUCAGUGCCGUUAUUGUGAACAGGAAGGAGCACAAGCUGAAGAAAGGAUGCGGGUACCACCUGGACCUUUUCAUGGUGGCCGUGAUGCUCGGGGUGUGCUCUGUGAUGGGGCUGCCCUGGUUUGUGGCUGCGACCGUGCUGUCCAUCACCCACGUGAAUAGCCUCAAAGUAGAGUCUGACUGCUCAGCUCCAGGAGAACAACUCAAGUUUCUGGGGAUACGAGAGCAGAGAGUCACCGGCUUGCUGAUCUUUGUGCUCAUGGGCUGCUCCGUCUUCUUCACUUCCGUGUUAAAGUUUAUACCAAUGCCUGUGCUUUAUGGCGUCUUUCUCUACAUGGGUGUGUCGUCGCUCAGAGGAAUUCAGUUCUUUGAUCGCUUGAAGCUGGUUUGGAUGCCGGCGAAACACCAGCCGGAUUUCAUCUACCUGCGGCACGUGCCCUUGCGAAAGGUGCAUUUCUUCACGGCGAUCCAGCUGAUCUGCCUCGUGCUGCUCUGGACCAUCAAGGUGUCCCGUGCUGCCAUCAUCUUUCCCCUGAUGGUUUUGGCUCUCGUCUUUGUCCGGAAAGCGAUGGAUUUCUGCUUCUCAAAGCGAGAGCUCAGCUUUCUGGAUGACCUUAUGCCAGAAAGGAAGAAGAAGUUGGACGAUGGCAGAAAUGAAGCCGGAGAAGAAGGAGAGGAGUCCCAGAAGGCGAUGGAAGCUGCUGCUGCUGCUGCAAGUUCAGUUCAGCUGAGCGUGGGGAAGACCAGUGACUUGGAGAUCCCAAAGCAACGCAGUGACAGGACUGAUCCUUCUGAGAUGAUUAUCCUGGAUGAAAUGUCACAAACGCCCGUAUGGAAGGCUCUCACUUUGAAGACAGAAACCCUUUGAAUCCAGGGAGGAAAAAGGAAUCUUGACUUUGAAGGAGAGGAGUGAGAGCGUGACUCGGGGAUGUGCCAACGCAGACAGAGGGAGAAGGCGCUUUGUUUCAGUUGGAGGAUUCCCAUUAAAGCCAUGCAGAUGUUUUCAGUUAUCCUUGGUGUGCUUCAGGCAUUCAGUAUCCCUAAACCAGCAAGCUGAGGUGAACGUCACAGUCAAUGGGAGUUCGGUGGUGCUAAGUCUGUGUGCGUACGUGCGUGUGGGGGUGUGGGUUUGCAGUGGUAGAGGGACUGCUACCGCUUUAUCCUUCAGUGCUCUUCUUUUAAUACCUAAUUCCUCCUCUUUUUUUUUUUUCUUUUUUCCAAAUGUAAACUGGGAAUGUCCAAAAUCAUUUUCUGUUAUAUUUGAUGCCUUCUCCACUUUCUUCUUCAUCACGACCGGGUUUUUGGUCUGGUUUGGGGUCCUGGCUUUAAUUCGCUCUUAUGUCUCUUACUGGUACGAGAGGGAUGCCCUCUGUGGCAGGGCAGCAUAGAGAGCGUCCGAGCAGCUGGCCUAAGGUGAAAGAAAAGCAUUUGCUCCCUGCGCUCCAGUUUUACCUCUCUUGGUUGGUUUGGAUUUUUUUUUUUUUUCGCUUUGGCUCUGCCAUCAGCCUGGGAGCUGCAAAAUGCAGAACUGCCACCUUCUUGUCCCCUGGCUGUAAACUGCAUCUAAGGGAGCACUUCAGGUAUUUGAUUUUGAAUACACCGUAGGG